GAAAAAAUACAAUAUGAAAUUAUCAGAACAGUAUCGGUAAAGUUAUUGUAAAUAGUGCGUUAAGUUUGGGAGGUUUGAUAUAGGUAUAUCAAGUUUAUUUUUUCUAUCAAGUCCGAUUUAAAGACAAUUAUUUUGAGUAGUCUUACGAUGAGUAGUUCGUUUAUAUUUAUAUCCAAAGGAAACAAAUCUUGAUUAAAUUGAUUACCCUUUAGAAUUAUGUCGAAAGCGUGUGAAAUUUGUGAUGAAAACAAAGUAAUGUGUUUUAAAAAAGUAGCAAAUGGAAAAAAAUUGUAAUAUCUCGUGCAUAAAUUGUGAAGUAUUUAUGCCAUUAAAUAAUUCAAAGUGCGACAAAAAAUUAGCCAUUAUAAGUUUUCAAUAAAUGAAUUCCCUAUUUUAAAAAUCUUUAUAAGUUAGAUCGAGUGAUUGUGGUUAUGUGAGAGCGUACAGCAGGCGUUCUGAUUUCAAAUAUUUCGUGAGUAUAACAAGAGAGUUACAGAGAUGUUGUAAUUAUAAACAUGUAAGAAAUUGCUCAAUGUUGUUGUACACGCACGAAUUUCUGCUCGUGGCUUGCAAGUGCAAUGCGAGUGCAUGACAGCACUGAACCAGGACCUCAGAUUUGCGUGUGGAAAACUGCCAGAAGCAUGGCAGAGUCGAGCCUACCUUCAUUUAGCGCAGUCCUCGCAGCAAAUAAUAUUCCGGAGCACACUUCUCCAUCGUCCCGUCCAACAAUUCCAAUCCGAACUGUCAGUCUCGAAGUGGACAAGCACACAUCGUCCCCCGGUGAAAGUACUCAUCUAGUGAAAGAAAUUAAUGAUUCAAACUUAACUGGUUCUCAGAGCAAUGGUCUCUUACCAAACAACUCAAACUUUUGCUCAAGUGACGGAGGAAACCCUGCUCCGCCUCCAUACAUUAGAUUAGCUCCCUCAUCCUUGCCGAUCAUAUCGUCUUCAGAUAACACUUGUCCAGACGGCAAUACACUUUCUCCGGGUCCUCUUCUAACGACCACACCAACAUUGAGCUAUACAAGCUCUAGCUUCAGCAGCGCGAGCAUGGCUAACCCUCCCAACCCUUACCGUCCCAUGGACUCUUGCUCGAACCAGUCCUGCAACGAUGUCUCCUUGAGCAUAACAUCCACCAACAAAAAAACCAUCGGAGAAGAAUCUUCGGCGGAGCACAAGACGACACCGACGGCCCCGAGAUCGCUCACGAUAUCGUAUGGAAUGAACGGGUCCACGAGUCCGUUGACGGACGGACGGUCGCGGGGCAACAGCUUGCUGCCGUCCGCUGCCCAGAUCAGCAAUACCGCCGCCCUGGCCGACAUCUCUGCACCUGGCGGGCAGGAGUACCCCAACGUGUUCAGACAAAUGCUGGUAACGCUGUACCGCUACACGGGGGCGGGGAAGAAGGCCCGCAAACGCAUCGUGCAGAAGAACGGAGAAUGUAACGUGACCGUCGCCAACGUCGCCAGGCGACGUCGACGUUACCUACAGGAUAUUUUUACGACCCUUGUUGACAUCAAGUGGCGGUGGACGCUGAUGGUGUUCGCCAUGUCGUUCAUCUUAUCGUGGCUGGUGUUUGCUGUGGUGUGGUGGCUCAUCGUCUUCUUGCAUGGCGACCUCAAGCCAGACCAUCUGCCACACAACCAAGAGAAAAACAAUUGGUCGCCAUGCGUGGUGGGCAUCAUCAGCUUCACGUCGUGCUUCCUGUUCAGCAUAGAGACGCAGCACACCAUCGGCUAUGGCUCGAGACACACCACAGAGGAGUGCCCUCACGCCAUUGUCGUCAUGUGUCUCCAGAGUAUCACGGGAGUCGUCAUUCAGGCGUUCAUGGUGGGCAUAAUUUUUGCGAAACUAUCGCGUCCAAAAAAGCGGACGCAGACGCUGAUCUUCUCGCGCAAGAUGUGCAUCUUGCAACGCGACGGACAACUCUGCCUCAUGUUCCGUGUGGGCGACAUCCGCAAGUCCCAUAUCAUCGAAGCUCAUGUCCGGGCUCAGCUCAUCCGCAAACACGUCACUCAGGAAGGCGAAGAGAUUCCCCUGCAUAUGUACGACCUGGACGUAGGAUAUGACGUGGGCGAGGACAGGAUCUUCUUCAUCUGGCCGAUGACGAUCGUUCACAAGAUCGACGAAGGAUCCCCUCUCUACGAUCUGUCAGCCAGCUCUCUGCAGAACGCAGAUUUUGAGAUUGUCGUCUUGCUGGAAGGCGUCAUCGAGUCAACAGGUAUGACAACACAAGCCAGGUCCUCGUAUCUGCCAGACGAGAUCCUGUGGGGUCACAGGUUUCAGCCGCUAGUCAGCUACAAGAAGUCGCCACGUGAAGGUUUCUACGUCGACUUGUCUUUGUUCAACAACACGCAGCCUGUGUGUACGCCAAGUUGCUCUGCAAGGGAGCUUGAUGAAGCUCGUAGUGACUCAGCAUCAACAGGAGCAGGUGGUCCCGACUUGGGACAGAUAGACGAGAAGGAGGCUGAUGGCGGCAGUGAACAUUCCUCUCAAGUUACUAUGGAGUGCCCGCUGUCGCCUCACAGCGUUGACACGAUGGCAGCAGCUCCUCUGAUGAGUCCGUCCCACACUACCGACCACUUCACAAACUCUAAUGUCAUCAGUAGCAAAAAGUCGCGUUCAUUUGGAGUCAACAGUGACACAAUCGCACCGUCCAUCUCCCAGCGGAACCUUCUGUACCCAGAGGGUGAUGAUCCAGAAGUGAAGUGCAGUGCUUUUACUUACGAAAUCCCUGCACGGCAGAACGAUCCUGAACCUGUCGUUGGUAGCAGCCACAGACACAGUAUUGCUUCACCAUCGCGAUAUCAAGUGGAGAGUCGACAGGAUUUAGAUAUCGGUUGUGAGAAAGAGCGCACGUAUCGACGUGCCAUAAGUCAACAGGAAGGGAUAGUCUCUUCGCUGUCACAUGAACGAAAAAACAACUGGAAUUUCAAGAAAGAAAAUAAUGUGGCAGUGAUGCUAGAAGUACCUGGCCAACCUGAAGAGAAGAAACCAUGUUUAGUAGAUACCAUUGAAGGAAGCCAGUCAUUAAGUAGUAAAGAAGAAGGUAUAUCGUACGCACGAGGUCACUGUUCUUCAGAACCGUUAAUUAGAGAGGAACCGGCGUCGCCAUCCGAUAUGAGAAGAGAAUGGUCGUCCUCAAACGAAGGCGAGCCUGUAUUUCCUAACAAACUCAACGUUCCGUCCACUUCACAAAAUAACAAAUUUUCUUUGAGCUCUAAUGCGCCGACCGAAGAUACUUUCGGUCCCAAUACGAGCAAUGACUUCGAGCGAGCUUGGGCAGAUCUAAGCAAGAAGAGUUCCACACCUAGGAAUAGUGAGGAUCGCUUUUCUUCACCUUCUGUCAACCGAUCAAGCGCCGUCACUCGAAGAUGUGAUAGGCUGUCCAUCGUCUAGCGGGCGGCCGCGGCUGAUUCCGUCCAAACUUCACGACGGGUCAGCUGUGCAGGCCUCACGAACCGAUCCGGCUCUUGCAAUGAACCAGCUUCCUCUUCUUUUGCACAGUCAAUCGUCCAAACCAAUGACAGCGCUCGUAACAAAAGGAAAAUCUUCCGCGGACUUCUGCAAGCUUCCCGAGAUUCUGAUUCAAAACCGACGCCACAGAACGAUACGUUCGACCUGCAACAUCUGUCGGUGGAAAUCGCCAAAAUUCGCCGGUGUUCGGACUCUCCACUCACACCAGAGUUGCAGCGAAAUAAGGAAGCUCUUCAGCAGAGACGGCGAACUAUUUCAUUUGAUGGUCAUGGUUCACAAGGGGACUUACAGGAUGAUAAUACUGCGACCGAUCUCCCAUUCGGCGAUUUUUUCGAGUUUGUUUCUUCGCUCGCGCAGGAUAAAGAAACUUGCGACAAGAUAAGGGAAAAAAUUGAAUGGGAAUCGGUUACGAAUGGCUGGGAGGGACUUGAUUUCUGGAAUCCCAAGAAGAAGCAGAGGUUCAAGAAGCGUACAAGCAAGUCUUUGUUCGGUCGAUCUACCAAAGACUCGGAUUCCACGCGAACCCCUUACAAAGGCACGCCGGUAAAGAACAGGAGGAAAUCUUGCUCGGUGAAUGAUACCCUGGCUGUCAAGAAUUUGGCAGUAACAAGAAACACAAAAGUGGAGCCGAGCUACUCAGCAGCAGCCCCAAAAUUUUGCUCAAUUAGUGAAAUAUUUCCUUCUCUUGCGGAAAAUGAGUCAGGUUUAGACGGCAAAGUUGAAAUAGGACUAAAGGAAUAUCUUUCGUCUGCCCUUAGUACUAAGGAAAAAUGUGUUGACGUGGGAUCUACAAUAGAAGCCAGCACUCCACGAAUGAGAUCCAACAGUGCAAUUAACUUUUCUUUGAAUCCAGAUGAAGCAUCCAUGAAAGACCGCAAGCCAUCACUACCUGAUAGCCUCAAGUUAUCAACUAAAGUUAAAAAAAGUGGGUCCUAUAAGGAAUCAGUAUCCGAUUCCAUGGUGAUCUCUAAGCCAAUAUUUCAUCUUUCUGUAGACGAUUCUGCGAAGGCAAAAGCUUUGAAUCUGCAGGAGUGUAUCAAUAAACUGUUGGAUUCCGACCGCGAAUUCACUGAUUCAAGUAUGAGGGAUGCAGAUUUAACUGUGCAAUCUUUCUCAACACCCAGUGGUGAUUCCAUCAUAUUAGCAACUAAAGUUGGGGAGAAUCUCGGUCAACAAUCUUUCCGCCACAGUCCUAAACAUUUUUGGAAAAUUGCCAAGAAAAAAAGACGCAUGACCUUAGGAAACCCGAACAUUGACAUUUCCAAGGUUAGGAAACUGUUGAAACAGCACGAGAAGAAGCUUGAACCACGAGAAUUUUGCUCUGAUGUUGGUCUGUGCAACAACCAAAAUCCUCAUUUAAGUUCAAGCUCGUUGACGACACAAGAAUCCAGCAGCCCCUACACAUGCUCGCGUAAAAUUCAUUCAAAAGUCGAGAUUCGUAUUGAUGACUAUGAGAUGAAACAGCCAGAAUUUCUGGAAGACGAUGACGAUACACAGAUAACUGUGCCGGAACUCAAGAUUCCCGAGACUUGAAGGAACUAGGUUCUUCAAGGCAUCAUUAAUAAUGACUCCAAAGAAAUUCCGGCUAAAUUUGUGAUCUUUGCUUAACCAACAGCAAGUGAAAUGAAAACAAUCUCCCCGCUUCUGAACACGAGUCCGGCCUGCAGCUUUUGUAAAUCAAAUAAUAACAAAAUUGAAAUUUAUAAAACCGCUUCUUGAGUCCAGUGAAAGCUAAAACCGUCAAUAUGUGAAUGAUAGAUAAGUAGAAAUAAUAUUAGUCUCUAGAAUGUAUUUAAAGAUGAAUUUAUAGAACUAUUGUUGAGUUGAUUUGUUCUAAUUUAUUUAGGUGCGAUUUUCGUUGUAUCCUUGAGAGUUUUUUUUAUUGAUUGAUGUUGGUUCGAAUUCUAUGAUGAAUUUGUUCCAGAAUUCUUUGUGGUAUUAUUGUUUCGACUUCGUUAUAUUUUGAAGCUAAAUAAUUAGGGUAGAGUUGAUAGAUGACGGUAGACGCGAGUUUAUUUUCCAGCUGAUAUUGAAUUUGAUUUGCCUUGACCUUCUUCAAUAGCAGCGAUGUCGUGUCUUCGAUCCAAUUAUAGAAAUACAAGCUUUAGAGGGAUAACAUAGUAAUGCACGAUUAUGUGCAACAGAAGAAUCCACUAAGUUAGAAGAGAUUUUUUAGGCUUUUACUUUUAUUUCAACACGGGUAUAAACGCAAUAGGAAAUCAUUGUUUGUUGUAGGAAAGGAAAUAAGGUUAAGUAUAGGGAAUAAGUUAAAGUGUAACAACAUUGCGUCAACACCCGCUUGUAGCAAUAUCUGCCUUUGAAGUCUCACCUAAGUGGCCUAACUUGUCAUAUUAUUUCUAUUACGCAGAAAACUUUCAGAAAUUUGCCAAGUAUUAAGCUGUGCUCGUUAAGUAUAGAUCAUGCAAGUAGAAUAGAUCCUGGAAAUAAAUUCGCACUGCUUAUAAAUGUGUAGGAUAGGUAGUGCUAUAAAUAAUAUCAACAUAGGUGCUUAGCUAUUUUUCGAGACCGUCACAUAUUAGGAUCAACAAUUACCAACAAUCCAAUGGGAAUUUAUUAGGGCUUUGACUUGACGUUUUACUCCUCAAUUGUCCCCUAGCAUUUUAAGAUUAAUAAAUUUGAUGUGCAAAAUCAACGUUAAAUAGAUGAUUUAUCUAUUUUACAAAUUUCUCGCGGUACAAAAAUGAACGGAGUGAGGCGACUUUACCUCGCUUCUUGAUACUUAAUUGUUAGGGUUUUACGUCGUCCAUCAUUAUUGAAAAGGGUAUCAUAAUGACAUAUUUACAGGUGAACGGGUUGGUGCUAUGAUUAUCAUGUGUAUAGAACUGACUAAAAAAAUUAUUAUUAAAACAAGUUUACAAGUGAACGGUUUUGUGCAACACACAGAACGCGCGCCAUGCGCGUCAACCUGAUACGCAAUCAAUCUAGAGUGUCUUGCUUCUGGUCCAUGCACCUCAGAAUGAAUGCAAUCAGUUUAUUUUUAGAGAUUAUCAAGCUUUUCCUAUAUCUAGUCACGACAGUAAAUUGUAAUUGACGUCACCCCAUCAACAUUAUUAUAAGUUUGAAGACCUGAUUCAUUAUCAGGAUAUGGAAGAUAAGUUUAUCUGUUCUGAGAAAAAGUUUUUUUGUUCGAUAAUUUCCAUUUGUACAUUUUAAUAGAUUAUUUGCCGUAAGAUUUUUACUUUAAAGAUCAUUGACUGAUUUUUCCAAAUAUUAUUUGGUGCGAAGUCUGGACGUAUCGAAUUCAAGCUCUGACCAUGUGAUAGUACAUCGAACAGUUUAUAUAUUUUAAAACAUU